GCGUUGUAUGCGCACAUGAUUUGACUGUAUCAUUGCACAAUCACGCCUGCUAACAGACUAAAACAAUUCCGCUGUUGACGAGUCUGAGAGAACGGGCACAUUGUAAACCAACCUAGUCAAUUAUUCAUAGCAGGACCACAGAUUGCUGUACAGACAAAACUACAGGCCCAAGGACCGCAGCUUGCUGUAUUGACAAAAGGCUUGUUUCCAUCCGCCUGGUUUUCGGUCGUGCCGUUAGGGCCCUCGCUCUUAUUGCGCAUAUCCAAGAACCUGCGCUGCCUUGAGGCCGCUAAUGGGGUGAUGCGGGCUCGGCUGGGCUGACUCGUCUGCUGCCAGCUAGUGAGGCACGAUGGCUGCUGCCCAGACCCCGCCGCUGCCCGUGGUUGACCCGGUCUCCAACUACGAGAAGCUGCACCGCAUUGGCGAGGGAACGUAUGGUGUCGUUUAUAAGGCACGCGAUCGCACCACUGGCGAGAUUGUGGCGCUCAAGCGUGUGCGCUUCGACCGCUCGCGCGACGGCGUGCCGGUCACCAGCGUGCGCGAGCUGCGCGUGCUGCAGGCGUGCCACCACCCCAACAUCGUACAGCUGAAGAAGGUGGUGACGGGAUCGCAGGCUGACAGCGUGUUCCUGGUGUUUGAGUAUUGUGACCACGACCUGGGUCGACUGCUGGACUCCAUGACACCGCCCGGAGGAGGAGGCGGCAGCGGUGGGGCGGGACGGCGGCCCUUCAGCAUCUCGGAGGUGAAAGGCCUCAUGCGGCAGCUGCUGGAGGCCGUGUCGUUCCUGCACGACCACUGGAUCGUGCACCGCGACAUCAAGCUGUCCAACCUGUUGUACACACACACCGGCCACCUCAAGCUGUGCGACUUCGGACUGGCCAGGUUCUUUUCGCCCUUCGUUGCCAAGGACCGCACGCCCAAUGUGGUCACUCUGUGGUACCGCGCGCCCGAGGUACUGCUGGGCAGUGAGGAGUACGACGAGUCCAUUGACCUGUGGAGCUGCGGCGCCAUCCUGGCGGAGCUGCUCACGGGGGAGCCGCUGUUCCCCGCCGCCUCAGAGGCCGAGGCGCUCAACAUGAUGGCCAACCUGCUGGGAGCACCGGGAGAGCGCAUCUGGCCGGGCAUGUCGGCGCUUCCCAACGCCGCAAAGUUCGUGUUCCCCGCCCAGCCCUACAACUUCCUGCGCCGCCACAUGACCGCCUCCUGCUCCGCCGGCGGGGGCGGCCUGAGCGAGGCCGGGCUGGCGCUGCUGAACGGGCUGCUCACAUACGACCCGGCGCGGCGCAUCACGGCGCGGCAGGCGCUGCGGCACGAGUGGUUCCAGGAAAAGCCGUACCUCAAGCAGCCCGGUGACAUGCCCACCUUUCCAUCCUCCCACGACGGAGGCCGGGCGUCGGCUCACCACCACGGCCACCACCACCACGCCGGCGCUGCCGCGGCCGUCGGUGGCAAGCGAGCGCUUUCGGAGGCGGCUGUUGGGCUACUGGCGGAGGCGAAGCGCCAAGCGCUCGGGAGAGCAGGGGCUGUAGGUGGUGGAGCUGGAGGCGGGGUCAUUGCUGGGUUGGAUGACAGGUUCGGGGCAGCGUUUGGUGGGGGCAGGGGAGGCGGCUUCGGGGGAGGUUGGGGUGGCGGAGCGGGUGGCAGCUUGCUGGAGGGCUCGGGUGUGCAGCUGGUUCGAAAGUGAGGAGCCCACUGCGUGCGUGCCUGUGUGCUGUCUCGAUAAAUGCUUGUGGCGGCGGGAGCGGCAUCUGUAGGCUG